GCCGCAUGUGAGCAGAAUAGCAAAGUCUCGUCACUUAACAAAAAUAGCUGGUCCAAGAAUAGAGCAGGUUUCUCAGUCGCUUUGGAGGCUGACAGGCUGUUCGACCACCAUCACAAAAGCAUCUGCUUUGAACGUUCGUGAGCCACCGGUGGCAGUGCCAGCAGUGCUCAACAAUACAACAUAAAACUUGAAAAAAGGUCUGUUGCUCAUGAGCCACGUUUAGACAUGGAAGUGCCCUCGGAUUAUCUCGAAAAUGGAUCGUCCUGAUAUAAAAAGAAAUCAUCGCAGUAGAGAUUUAAGAACUUUGGGCAUAGACAAACGGCUGACCUCAUUUUGCUAUUAUUAAAGAGAUAACUACAUUCAAUUCAUAUCCAAUGUAUUGAGAUAUUUCAUCCCAUUCAAACGGAAAACCACCUAGUCCUUACCUUUCUAACCCUUCUUAGAGAAAAAGCCCCCAAGGGUUCCCAUCAAGACCUAUCGUUGGGAAGACGUAAAAAGGGCUCGCAGACGUGGAGGCUAUCCCUGGACACAUCUGUACAAGAAGCCCCUAAGCGAAGAUUUGGACGUUGAUUCCUACAGGAUAGGUGGCUUAAGGAGGGGCAAGAGCACAUCAACCAUGGGCGACAAAUCCUACCUGACCAUUUCUGAAAUGACUGAAUCUGAGCGUGAUGGGAGCCUCAGUCCGGAGCCCAUGGAGAAGAUCGACUGCACCUUGCAGAUUGUUUUAGAACCGGAUGAUGAGUCUAGAGCUGCCAGUGCUGCCAACUCGGUGGUGAUCGAGGAGUAUAACGGGAAUGGUACGGAGAAUGAGAAGGAAACUGAGAAGGAUGAUGAAAAGGAACGAGAAACGGACACGCAGAGAGGUGGACUGUUUGUCAUGGAUUCUGGAGAAAGUUCCGACGACAUCAGCCAGUAUGUGGACAAGGAAGAAAGGACUCCUCCGAAGAAAGAAAAAGUAGAAAAAAUGGAAGUUGAGGACGACUCUGCGAAACGAAAACGAAAGCUAUCUGCGGAAAGUAGUUAUAGUAGAAUAAGCCAGACAAAAUCAGCGAUCAUUAGAAAGCUUAAACAAACCAAAGAUAAAAUCAAAGUUCCCAAAGUUCCUAAAAUUUCCCUUCCUGUUUCGAAAAUCAAACGACCUGUACCGAAAAAGUCGAAAAGCUCUCCGCCCACAGUCAAAAAAGAAACUCAAAAGUCUACCAUUCCUUCGCCUAAGACCAACCAAACCCCUGAGUAUAUCCAUAUACCCUUGAAGCCCCCUCCUGGAGAAACUGAUGAAUUUUCACAUUUGGAAUUCGAACCUAAGGACGCUCCAAAAAAAGAAGAAAAGAAAGCGGGUAGCUUCAAAGCACUGAUCAAAAAUAUAAAACAACUGCAAGAACUUGAGGCCCAACAAGAUGCUAAGAAGGGUUUGGAUUUUAAGGAGGAGGAAUCAAAAGACUUGAAAGAAGAUGUAGUUAAAGAAGACGUUUCAAAGACUGUACUUGGUACAGAGAUUCCUACAGAGACUGAAAUAACAGAGGCUAGAACUACGCCAGUGAUGCGAGGAGUUAUGACUAAAUUGAAAGAUGAGGAAUCCGAAAACAAAGAUGACAAAGUGGUUGAUACGUUGGGCGAGGAUAAAAAAGAAGCAAUUGAAGUACUUAAAGAUGAAGUCGCAGUCGCAGUCGAUAAAGUGGAGACGAAAGAUGAGGAAGAAGUAGAAGAAGGAGACUCAAAGAAAGCAGCUGAACAAGAUAUCUUCGACGACCUGUUUAGAAAAAGCUCAUUUAAGAAAGAAACUCCUUCAACAUCUCGGAUGGGACGAUCCAAAUCUGCUGAGCCUGAAAGAAAACGGAAACUUUCUCUAGAAAGUAGUUAUAGCAGGAAGAGCAUGUCUCGACUAGGAAUCAUGAAACGACUUAAAGACGCUUCUGAGAAAAUAAAAGAUACGUUUUCGAGAUCCGGCUCAAAAAAGAAAUCAAAGACGCCAGAUAAACCGAAAGAAGCUAUAGUUAAAGAACCAACGAAGAAAUCAAAAGAAUUGAAACCUUGUAAGCCAGUUGAACCAGUUUAUAUCCACAUUCCUCUAAAACCUCCAGAAGGUGAAACAGAUGAGCUCUCACACCUAUCUAAGGAUAAAAAAGUCAAAAAUGAAUCUAAGGAUACCUCUGCUAGUCCUCAAACUCCAGAUUCACUACAAACGCCUGAGGACCCUUCAGGUAAUGUACAGCUUAUCAUACUCACAGCUCCAUCUGACGACGAAGUUUUGGACUACAACAGUUCAGAUUUGCCUGAAACUCCUUCGUCGGAAACCAAGACAUUCUUUGACAAAACUGAGUUGGCAAUGCUGGCGAAAGAUGCAGCUGAUGCAGUGAAAAAGUUGGAUCCUGUCAAAGAGGAAAAUGGAAGUGAAAAAUCACUCGAAGAGGAAGAGAAAGGAAAUGGGAGUAUCAAGAGAAAGGGAAGUAAAAAGGGUAAAGAGAAGGAAGAAAGUGCAAAAUCAAUUGAAGGUGAGGCAGGUAUCAAAAGAGAAGGAAGUAAAAAGGCGGGAGAAAAAGAAAGUAAAGAGAAAGAAGUUUCUGAAGAUGAAAGCAGCUCUAUAAGGGAGGGAAGUAAAAAAGAUAAAGACAAGAAAGCUGAAGUUGGUGAAAAAGUCGUAGACGUUGAAGAUGGCCUAAGCGAAACGAAGAUCACUCAGCUCCCGAUUCCUCCUGAAGUGCCAGCAGCUGAAACAACUGCUGAUCCUGAGUUGAAGUCGAGCAUCAAAGGUGGAUUUGGUUCGCCAGUGAUGAAGAAGAAGGUGUCCUUCAAGCGAAGGUCAAAGUCAAGUAAGGACGGUAGUUACGAAGAUGUUCAAGCUCCAGUAGAAGAAAAGAAACAAGAUGCAAAAGAUAACGAGAAUUCUGAGAAGUUGGAGGCAUUGACACCCAGUCAAUCCAUGUCCGUUGAUGAGGAGAAGGCGUAUUUGGAGGAGAAGAUUAUCAAGCAUUCAUCGUUGGAAGAAGAUUAUAAUAAAUGGUCUAAAAACAUUGACCAUGAAUACGAGCCCGUUUGCCCACCGCCAGACCGUGCGUCUUCGCCUGCAGACCACCGUCAAAAUUUGCAACACUUUCCACAGACCCUAUCCAACCCGUCCGUGUACGUGGUCGAUACGGACAUCAUUGACCCCAGUAUCCUGCCCCUAGGAGAAGUGCCCUUGGAUAACCAUGCCACCGUUACCAAGGAGCCUCAUAGGGGUCAGUCUGCCAGCCCGGACAGACAGCCCACUUUCGUCAAGUUCGCGCCAACUGAAGAGGUGGUUGCUUAUCAUGACGAACCACCACCGCAACCUGCACCUGGAAGAUUCCAACAAGCCUUCCGCGAGAAAACCGAAAACUUCAAGAACAAACUGCACAACAUAAAGCGACCACACAUCAAAAAGCCGAACAUUCACCUGCCCGAUAGACCGAAAUUCAAUAAGCCCAACUUGCAACGCUUCAAAAUCGACAAAUCCAAGUUCCACAUGCCGAAAAUUCCAGACACCACCAAAAUCAACCUACCAUCGUUCAACUUACCUCGUAGACAGUCUACAAAGUCACAGGCUACCACACCUCAACCUUUGAAAGAAAGAAACUUGUCGACAGAAGCACAUGAUGGAGACGCCAAGGCUGAGAAAACUGGCGGGUUCGACUUUGGAACUUUUCCGAAGAUGUUGAAGAGGAUUGGGAGGAGGAGAAGUCGAGACCAGUCUGAUUUUGGAACUGCUCCUAGGUCCAAGAAGUCGGAGACAUCCACGCAGGAGAGUAGCAGAUGGAGUGGCAGUGAAUCCAUGCGUAUCCCUCUUCACUCCGAAGACUCGAUGGACGCUGUGGAUAGAGAUGGAGGUCCCUUAGAGGUCGGCGGCAUGACCCCAGGCGGACCUCUCGAAUCAUCUCAUGCCAGAUACGAGCACGAUAUCGGCAAUGAGGAUGAAGAAGAAGAGUUUGAAAAUAGCGGAGGAGAGUUUAACGGACGAGUAGAGAGGGAUUUUCAUGAUCGGUGGCAGCAUGGGAGGUUCAAUGAAGAGGAGGAAGAUAGGGAGUUUGAAGGGAGGUACGGGAGGUCGCAAAAGGUCACUGACCUCGAUUCGCCUGAAGACGCGCCGAGGUAUGACUUCAAUGCCAACAACAGGGACAACUAUUCCUCAGCAGGUAGUUCAGCCGGUAUCCACCGCAGCGGUGUCUUAGAAGAAAUCAACUCUGACGAAUUCAUCUGGCGCCAGAAAGGAAUAUCCCAAGAGGACGUGGACAUGCGCCGGUACCUCACAUCGGAGAUCAAGGAGGCGUUUAAGACGCCUCAAAACGCCUUGACACAAUUGGACGACCCGCACGGGCGUCAUUACGACUUACGGGGGUCAAAUCAGUCGCUGCCUGAGGUGGGAGGUAAAAGGAAGCCCAUAAGAAAGCCCAAAAGGAAAAAGACACCGCAUGCCUCACAAGAGAAGAUACAUCAAUACGUGGAGGACUCGGCGAGUGAGGAUGUUGAGGCUUCGCCACCUUCUAGGCCCAGAAGACGCAGUAAACGAACUAGAAAGCCAAAGAGCGAAGAGAUCGUCCCAUUCCAAGAAACCCACGCCGUUGAGGUGGAAGACAGUCGUUUCGGCCAUCGAGAGAGCUUGGGCGGGAUUCUGGGUGACGACGAAGGGGAAGAUGAUGGAAUGACAUACGAGAACGAAAGAAUGAUUGGAAAGGAACAUCCUGAGAUCAAAGUGCAGGAUCCCUACAAGAACCUCGAGUUUGAAAGGGAGGUCGUGCAAUUGCCAGCAGCGCCACCUAGGAAACACAAGAGUUUGAAGAGUCUCACCAUGUCGGAGAACGGGUCACUGCUUGGCGUUGAGGCUGAGAUCGAGGUAAUCAAAACGGACUCGAAACUGAUCAUUCCGAUCGAACCAGAAUCGCCACCAUCGAGACCUUCAAGGUCACGUUCGAGGGCGAACUCCCAAUCACGCGGCACUUCCAGAGACGACGAGAGUCUCUCACGUCGGUCAUACUCGGCCGCUGUUGAUUCGGAACCGCCAUGCGUCGAGGAACCAUGCAUGAAGGAAGUGUGCGACUACAUGGGGUACUCGGUGGUGGACAAGAGCAAGGUCAGAGACCCUCCUUUGCCGCCCCCUAGAGCCCCUAGGAAAAAGAGAUCGACGCUAAUGCACGAAGAGAAGUUCUUCACAGUACCUAGGGCGAAGGGCAGUACUGAGACGCCGGUGAGACCCUUGAGGAACUACAGCACUUUGAUACAAGCGAAAAAGGCGACAGACCCAUCUGCAACCGAAAACAAAGAAAACUUCCAUAUCAUGCAGUACGCCGAGAUCGACGAUGAACCACACAAAGAUGCACUAUCGAAACCUGCAGGUGACGUAAUCAAGAAGAUACAAGACAGACCUCUACCAGCACCUCCUAGACCUCCAAGAAGGUCCCGUCAGGAGAGUGGAGGACCUCUACGAGAUAUUACGUCUCAAGAGAAUAUUGCCAGUAGGUCAGUCGAAGACUUGGACAAACAAUAUUUGGAUGAAGCUCAUACUGCUACCCAGACGGAACCUCUGUCAGAUGACUUCGUUUGUGCAGAGGUGGUUCAAGAACCGAGUGACACCGUCCUAACUCCAUCAAUAACAAAAGAAAAACCAACUAUCGAGAGACGACUAAUAACCCCUACAGUAUACAGUUAUGAAGAAACUAUCACGCACGGUUCUUUAGUAGUCGAACCUUUAGAUGGUGCCAAGAUCUUGCCCGAACAUCAAUUGUCCAGAGAAAGAUUGAUUCCAGUUACUAAGGAUUCAGACUACGACGAAACAUCUUCGAUACCAGAAGAGUUCACCAGGUUGAAGGAUCCUCCAAAACCAUCAGAGUUUGAUGUUGUCAGGACUCAGAAGUUGCAAGUUGGAGACUUAGACGUUGAUACUUUGACUGUAAAUAGGUUGUUGGCUGAUAAAAUAGUAGUAUCGGAAAUAGAUAGUAGUUCAAUUCAGACCAACGAAAUUAGCUCGAUUACGGGUGCAUUAAAAAUUGGUGAGAUAUCUCUACCGCCUGGAGUGAUAGAGAGUAUAAUGAAAACGAUGCAAUCUAGUCAAAUACCAAAGGAAGAGUCCAGCGAGGAUGCCGGACAAAAAAAAACUUCGAUUAGUCAGCGAAUAGAUGGCGAAGAAAUUCUGUACUCUAACCAAGAUGCCCCUUUUCCUUCUAACAAUGAAGAACCCCCAACACCUCCUCCAAGAAAUUUAGAGCUAGAAAAUACUGUGAAAGAGAUACAGGCACACCAAACAAGUUUACCAUCAACGGUAGACGAAGAACAUCUCAGAGCAAGCUCGAUAGAGCCUCAAGAAGAAGAGGCAGCACCUCCUAGACCUCCAAGACAUGUAGAAAGACCUAGAAUAGCGACUUCCAGCAGUCAAGAGCAAGACGAUGCUAGCAAGACGCCUCUGGAGCAGCCGGCUGGGCUCACGACUGAGCAAAUCCUGUCCUCAAGGCUGCUGGAACCCGAUGUGGAUGACGAGCCUCCCCCCAGACCUCCUCAACCCUCUGUAGAGUAUAUCCCCUCGCAGCCUCCAGCAAGUUUUUACGCGUUAAGGGCUCAGAAGCUUGUAGAAUCUCACGACGGUAACAUUCCAGUUGUGCCUAGGAGAAGGAGGCACACGAGGUCCAGGCACCGGACAAGGUCAAACUCUGAGAGUUCCUCACCCACCGAUCCACCUCAAAGUCAAAGGAGGAUCCAUCGUAGGUCCAGCGAGCCUUCUCUGACUCAACUGACCGGCCAAUUAGCGCGAGCAUGUGCGUUAACAGCCAAUCAGGAGAUCAAACGCCUUGUCAACUACAUCCUGAGGAACGUUCUGGCCAAUGACGAUGGAAAACAAGACUUGAACGUCAUGAUCAUCAUCAUGCUGGUUCUCAUAGCGGGACUUAUUUUGUUAGGUUACGGGGAGGAAAAGACUGUUGUUCAUUUGCAUCAUUGGGAGUAUUUCAAUCCGCCGACAGAUUUGUAACUUUUAUACUUACGUUGUUAUCUGUAAAUUUGUUUGGUGUCUCAGCGUUGUUAUAUUUUCACAUACUUUGUUUUUUGGAUUUUAUUAAUGUAAAUAAGCCAUUGUUAUUUGAAUAAAAGUAUUAUAAGUUCCAAGUUGACU